AUGGUUGCGGGUUUGCUUGAUCUCGUACGUGUCGAUGCGGCAUAUGUUUUUGAGGUGCCAUCUUCUCGAUGCAUCGUUUUUAAUCCUGUGGAGUUGCUGUUCAAUAUUUUGAGGCGGUCUGCACAAUUUGACAAUGUUGGUGCAUAUGGGGUGGACUUGCUGCACGCUAGGGUCCUAUUUGAAGAUUUCAUGAGAGAAAUGCUUUGUUAUGACGUGAAACUAAUUCCUGUUGUGGAUGGGAUUUCGAAUACAGGUGUCUUGGCUCUCAGGUCUGUUGCAAGUAAUUGUCGCAAAGCGAGUAAGCGUUACAAGGAAGCUGACCUUGAUGUUGGAGCUGAGAGAUACUGUGUAGGUGGUGAAUUUUUCCCCUGUCAACGUCAGUUUGUUACGGACUGCUUCCAAGAGCUAGGUUGGCGUUGUGUUCAAACGAGCUACAAUUCGAUGUCCGUGUGUCUUGGAAUUGCUUAUUUUCUUGAUUGUCCAGUUGCAAGUAUGUCAUCCCGGUACCUGCUUGUAUCACGCCCGGAGAUUUUGCCUGGGGAGGUUCAGUCCCUUACUGUAAAUGAGUUAAAGCUUGUUGAUCUGAGAUCGGACUUCUACUGUGCAGAUGAAGAGGAGGGGGAGUCAGUGUUUAAAUUGAAAGUGUUUCAUCCUGAAUUGACUGUAUUGAAGAAAGUGCCUGCAACGUCGCGACCUCUGAUUGCAUUGUUAAUGGAUUCGAUCUUGAUUCCUAUACUUCCUGCCGCAAUCAAUGUCUGUCCGUCGGAAUCAGAGUCUUAUACGGCAGCAAGACUGCGGGCAGUGAUUAAUUGGGUUGCGGAGACUAAUCCGAUUCGUGUUCUCCAGACCAUAAUGGAGUCGGCUAAAGAUGUCAAGUGCAUGGACUACAUCUCGGAAAACAUAUUGAGAAUUCUGGGAAACUUUUGUCCUGACUUUGUGGAGGCUUCUCGAUUGCUGAAGAUGCUUGAUGUGGGAGAGGGUGUACCAUCACUGAUGGCGUCGAAGAAGGGAGUUAGGGAGGUCAGGGAGCAGCAACGGCAGAGACCGUCGUCGCCAAUGUACUUUUUCCAAACAGCAGCUGGGUUGCUGAAGGGAGCUGCGGAAUUGGAUCGUCCCGUUGACUUUCAGUUUCGGUGGCCUGUUGCACUAGUUCAUCUGUACCGCUUUAACAGGCUGGAUAAAAUAUUUCUUACAGCUUUGUACAACAAAUAUGGAGUGCUUUUACGCUAUCAAAAUGAUUACCUCGUAGAAUUUCCCAGCGCGUUUGGGCCGAGCAGAAUCCUACGCUAUGGUCACUACUGUCUAAUAAAGGGAGUGGAAGAAGCGAACGGUCUCAUCUCCAAACUAACUGGACUACGUCCUUAUGCGAAGGAGAUGUGCUACGAGGGGCAUUUUCGUUACAAGAUCUACCUGCUUGAGGUGAGGUCGAUGCAAUUG